CUCUUUACACACACUCUCUAGCUCUAAUACAGCUAGAGAAUUAACCUUUGAGGGGUCUGCUAAUACAACAUUUUGCAUUAGCACUAGUUGUUGUUCCGCUUCUCGAGUUCUAAUGGAAAUAUCAGAGUAGACAGCUCGGUUAAAACUCUUAAGCUUCCCCUUCAAUUCACUUAACUUCUUGUACAAGACAUAAUAUGGUACCCCAGCUGCCUCUACCUGCCAAGCUUCUCUCAAAAUCCAACUGUACUAAGGAUGUUGUCUCUAGAACAAGAAAAACAUCCAACCACUUCUCAUUAACUAAAACUCAGUCAAUUUUUCUAGCAAUAGGAUUAUUAGACUGCUUGUUCCAGCAAGUAAACCACGAGCCAAUAGCCUUAUGAUCUGUUAGCUUCAUAUGUAAUAUCCAUUGCCUGAAAUCGAUAAUACUCUGACUAAAGGACCAUUGUAAGCUUCAUUGCUAUCUUUGAUAUCAUUAAAAUCUCCUAAGAAAAUCCCAGGCUCUACAGUCACCCGAGUCCUUCUCAACUCAUCAUAAAGCACUGCCCUUCCACUUGUUUUUAUUAGGGCUAUAUAUAGCUGAAAUCAAACAAGUUUAAGUACAUGAUAUAACUCGAACAUUAAUGAAAUGCUCUCCCAUAUCAACUUCACUCACUUGCAAAGACGAUUUCCAGAAAAGCCAAACCCUACUAGAUUGAGAGUACUUGUAAUUAUUUAAAUGCUUCCAACUACUAAACUGCUUACUUAAUAUAUCCUUUGCAUUAAUUUCCAACACCAAUGUUUCUAAAACUACAAAAAAAAACUCUAUCUGUAAUCUAGCUACUUGAUUAUUUAAGUAUCUAUUCUUCUCAGGGGCAUUAAAUCCACUAAGAUUCCAGCAGAGAAUUCUCAUUUACCUUUUUUCUUGUUCCUCCCACCUUUCGUAGGAGAAACGGGAAUGACCAUAGCAACAUCCUUAUAAUUUCCUGCACAACUUGAGAAUCUGGAGUUGUAGUGUGCACCACAUUUUUUUUCCUUUAACCAAAAUUCUUUCCUGCUGAGUUUUCUUAGUAAAGUUUUAAUAAAAAAAGUACACAAAAACGUAGCAAAAAUCAUGUACUCUUUUUCCUUACCUAGAUGUUUAUCCCGCAUUCAGCAUUUCAAACAGGCCAGAAAGGCAAAUUAGAGCUAUUCCUUUGCCAUGGGUUCCAAUCCAGGAUAGGCUGGUCUGGCAUCAUGACCUCUUCAGAUCAUAUUUUGCUCGGUCAGCGUACCAUCUUGCGGCAGGUCUUAGGCAGGGUCAAGAGGUUCAUGCCAAGUUGGGUCCUGCAAUUUGGGAUUCAGGUUUGUGGGGGUAAGGUUUGGAGUGCCCCAGUGCCCCCCAAGUUUCAAUUCUUCCUUUGGAAAUUGUUGCGGAGAGUGGUUCCCACUGGUGAAGCUUUAUCGGUUUGGGGUAUGGAAAGGGUCCUUCUGUGCCCCACAUGCUUAUGGGAAGUGGAAUAUGCUGAGCACUUAUUCUUUCAUUGUCGGUUGGCGGGUGGAUGCUGGGAGGCGUAUGGGCUAGAUUUUCUUCGAGAUGAGUUCACGACUGCCUCGGUUGAAGUCUUCUGGUGACGAUUUCUUUACCAGCCGAAUUUGGAGGGGGGAUUGGUAAUGCGAGUGAUUGCCCUGGCGUAUAUGGAAGGCUCGGAAUUGGGUGGUUUUUGACUCCACGUUGUUUACCCCUGCCGUGUUGCUCUCUCAGUUCAGUAGACAGGUGGCAGAAUGGGAGGCGGUGCCUUUCCUAUUGGGUUAACAUCUUUCCCUGCCUCUGGGGAUGGGCUGAGGGGGGUUCAUGGUGGGGUGCAGGGUAGGGAGGGGGCGUUGUGGGUGUUCACAGAUGGGGCCGUGUGUUCAGGUUCUCAUGGUGCAGGUGGUUGGGUUCGAGAGGAUUCAUCGGGGACACUGCUGGGGGAAGAUGCAUCUGUGUAUCCGGAUGUGCAGGAUCCUUUCUUAGUGGAGCUCCUAGCCCUUAGGGAUGAGAUCCGGUGGGCUCUUGAUAUGGGGGUGCAGGACGUCGUCUUUGCAGGUGGUGCUUGACAAGGUGAAGGAGGGCUCGUGUUUGGAUGCUCGUGGUGGGGCCAUUUUGAGUGAGAUCAAGGUGUUGAGACAAUGCUUCCUCCAUUCUUGUGUUUGUUUUGUUGGACGUGCUCGUAAUAGGGUGGCCCAUAUGGUGGCCAGAAAAGCCCUUUCAUUGUUCCCCAGUUUGAUAGGGUUCGAUUUUCAUUCCUGACUUUGGUAGGCUAAUUGAAUUUAGUGUAUCUUGAUUAUCUCGUUCUAUACGAAGUAUCUUUUUUAAAAGCGGAUCCGAAAUCCAGUAAAGUAGACGAGAUGUA